AUGCAAGCUAAUUUUUAUUGGCGUGUUCGCCUAUCUUGCUACUAUUUUUUUGUUGGUAUCCUCCGAGCAAAAGAAUCAGAAGUCUUUUCGGCUUACAUAUUGUUAUCACCGGAGGAUCAAGUGGGAUUGGCAAAGAACUUGCAUCAAGCAGUACGAAGAAAAGCUAAUGUGACUAUUAUCGCAAGAAAUCAGGCAAAAUUAGAAAAAGCCAGAGUAGAAAUUGAAGCAUGCAGACAGCUUGAAGAACAAAGGAUCCAAGUCUUUAGUGCAGAUGUGACAAACUAUGAGCAAGUAGACAAUGUUUUAAAGCAGAUUGGACCUAUUGAUAUUCUUGUCAAUUGUGCUGGCAUGGCGAAAUCUGAGUUAUUUGAGAAAAAUUUAUCUACAUUUAAGAAACUCAUGGACUUGAACUAUUUUGGCUCUGUCAAUGCAACUUUUUCUGUUAUACCGAACAUGAAACUCAGAUGUUCUGGUCACAUUGUUUUUGUCUCAUCUAUGGCCGGUCAGCUGGGUGUGUUUGGCUUAGCCGGUUACUCUGCAUCAAAAUUUGCCCUUCGCGGUCUGGCUGAGUCUCUUCUAAUGGAGGUCCGACCUUAUGGUAUUGGAGUAUCAGUGGCGUGUCCACCAGACACUGACACUCCUGGGCUUGAAGAGGAGAAUAAAGACAAGCUGGAAGAAACUAGUUUAAUUAGUGAAGCUGCCGGAGUGUUUUCGCCGUCCAUUGUUGCUAAAGAUAUUCUCGAUGGUGUUCAGAAAGGGAAAUUUCUCAUUUCAAGCGGAUUUGAUGGUUUUGUUAACAUAUUGACAUGUGGGGCAAGUCCGGCUUCCUCGCGAAUUGAACUUUUCAUUCAGGCAUGCUUGAUUGACUCAUUCGUCUUGUUAUGA